GUCAUGCUAUCCAACACAACCAGACGAAACAGACCACAGUACUUGGUAUUAUGAGUAACCGCAUCCUCAGAAUGGCCACCAGUCCUGUCAUGUGGCCAUGACUUUCAAGUUUCGCAUGGAAGCUGUGCCCGACGGCCAGCCAAUGGAGAGCUGCACGCGGUGAGGCAGUGACGUCAGAGCCUUCUUCCCCCGCUCCUGCCUAGGGAACGUAUGAGGAAACCAUUUCAUUGCUUCACUUCUUCUCUUCUCUUCUUCUCCACUUUUUCUUUCCUCACGACACUUCGUCCUCGUCGUAUAUUCUUCACCUCCGCUACCACCUCCACCAUCCAAACCCUCGAGAGAGACAGAGAAUCGUCACCUGAGGAACACUGACAUCACCGCCAUACAACAUGAUUGUCGACGCCGCAGAGAUGCUGCUCAAGAGUUCGGCGACGCAGGUGCUGCCGACGCAUUCGCCCACGCACGUUGCGCCUGUCCCGUCCGUGGUGCCGGAUGUCCAUGAGCAGCUUAUAGGAGCUAGUGGCGAGAGGACGCUGUGGGUUCUGUUUGCGCUGAUGACCAUUGCGUCGGCCGUGUUUGCGGGGUGGUCGUUGAGGUUCGCUGUGUCCGCACGCAUCUACCACGUCCUCGCUACCCUCACCACCCUCAUCUCCGCCAUAGCCUACUUCUUCAUGGCCACGGGCCAAGGCUCUGCGAUCAAACACAUCACCAUCCGCCACUCCAACGACCAUGUCCCAGACACCUUCACGCACAUUGACCGCCAGAUCUUCUGGCCGCGUUAUAUCCAGUGGACACUCGCUCUCCCCCUCAUCCUCCUCAAUCUCGGCAUCCUGGCCGGCAUCAGCGGCGCUCACAUCCUCAUGGCUGGGACCGCAGGCGCGCUGAUGAACUUCAUGGGACUCUUCGCGGCGUUUGGGAAGGAGAAUACGCCGCAAAAGUGGGGCAACUAUGUCAUUGCACUGCUGUCGUUUUUGGUGGUCGUGUGGCACUUGGGUCUGAACGGACGUGCUGCCGUGAGGGAGCCCAGCCGUGGUGUGGCCAAGUUUUAUACUGCGCUGGCGACGUACACGGGGCUUGUGUGGGCGGCCUAUCUUGUGGUCUGGGGUGUUAUUCUCGGCGGCCACUUGACCGUCAACACCGAGGUCAUCACAUUCGCUGUUCUGGACGUCUUGUCUAUGGGUGUCUUUGGGCUCUGGCUCCUCUUGACCGUUGCCAAGAACGCGGAGACGAAUGUCGAGCUUAAGGGGUUCUGGUCCCAGGGCGUGAGCCGCGAGGGUGUGCUUCGUCUGGAUGAUGAUGGAGCGUAAGCCUCUUCCCGUCACGGCAAAAGAGGGGAAUAAAACUCUUCCUACCACGGCAAAACAGAGGCGUGAGGUUAUGAGGCUACUUGUGGGAUCGAAAUUGCGAAACUGCGUUCCAUGAAGAAGCAUGAGGAUGUGCAGGAGUGAGUCUGGUACCGCGAAAGGCAGAGACAGGAGAGAUGGGAUGACAAAGGGAAUGGCGAGACGUGUGUAGGGCAAAGGGAUGACAAUCAUUGCUCCUGAGAUGAGCUGUAUAGCAUACAUACUAGGCGCGAGGCGUAAAAGUCGAGUUUAUUUUAUUAAUG